UACAACUUGUGCUUGGCUCUACUCGACAACUAACCUAACGUAACCAACAUGAACUCCCCGGCAAUCGUCAUAAUCAUUUUUAGUACUCUUACCUUCGCAGAGGCUUGGUGGAACAACUGGGAUUGCGUUUUGCACUUUAAAUGUCAAGAGAAAGACUCCAUUAAGACCAUAUCUAGUAUCCAUAACAACCGAUACCGGGAUAGGCGUUGGAAUUUCUACUGUGAAAGAACUUUUGAAGAUCCAUCGUGCUAUUUAACAAAUUACGUCAACGACUGGGAGGGUCUCGUUCAUUUUACCUGCGGUAAUGGAGAGGCGAUCGCGGGUUUCAACAGUUACCAUGACAAUAACAAAGAAGACAGAAAAUGGAGAAUCUAUUGCUGUAAAGACGAAAAUAAAUGUACAGACAACAACACUUGCACUUGGACAGAGUAUGUUAAUAAAUGGAAUGCGAUUUUGCACUACCUGGUCCCCAGAGACUAUGUUUUAACAGGGGUCAUCAGUGAACACGACAACCGAAAAGAGGAUCGAAGGUGGAAAUAUCGGCACUGUCAACUGAAAUCUUGUUAACAUCUUGUUGGAGAAAGAACUUCUGUUUUUGUUUGUUUGAACAGCAAAUUUUUAUUUUGAACUCCAGAACGUAUCAUGGUAUAAAUUGUAAAGCUUUCAUCUAUAAUUGUAGAAGUAAAACACGUUGUAUUUUCUAUAUUAAGUAAUAAAUAUUUUUCUUGCUUUCUUUGUAAC